AUGGCUGCUGGCGGGUACCACGCGGGCACUGUCCUGCGGGGCCACUCACCGCAGACACCCGGCGGGUACCACACAGGCACUGUCCUCUGGGGUCGUGCGCUGCAGACACCCGGUGGGUACCAUGCGGGCACUGUCCUGCGGGGCCACUCACCGAAGACACCUGGCGGGUACCACGCGGGCACUGUCCUCCGGUGCCACUCACCACAGACACCUGGCGGGUACCACGUGGGCACUGCCCUGCAGGGCCACUCAGCGCAGACACCCGGCGGGUACCAUGCGGGCACUGUCCUCCGGUGCCACUCACCACAGACACCUGGCAGGUACUACGCGGGCACUGUCCUGCGGGGCCACUCACCGCAGACACCCGGCGGGUACCACGUGGGCACUGUCCUCAGGGGUCAUGCGCUGCAGACACCCGGUGGGUACCAUGCGGGCACUGUCCUGCGGGGCCACUCACCACAGACACCUGGCAGGUACUACGCGGGCACUGUCCUGCGGGGCCACUCACCGCAGACACCCGGCGGGUACCACGCGGGCACUGUCCUCUGGGGUCGUGCGCUGCAGACACCCGGCGGGUACCACGCGGGCACUGUCCUCCGGUGCCACUCACCGAAGACACCCGGUGGGUACCAUGCGGGCACUGUCCUGCGGGGCCACUCACCACAGACACCUGGCAGGUACUACGCGGGCACUGUCCUGCGGGGCCACUCACCACAGACACCUGGCAGGUACCACGCGGGCACUGUCCUCUGGGGUCGUGCGCUGCAGACACCCGGUGGGUACCACGCGGGCACUGUCCUUUGGGGUCGUGCGCUGCAGACACCCGGUGGGUACCACGCGGGCACUGUCCUGCGGGGCCACUCACCGAAGACACCCGGUGGGUACCACGCGGGCACUGUCCUCCGGUGCCACUCACCACAGACACCUGGCGGGUACCACGCGGGCACUGUCCUCCGGUGCCACUCACCACAGACACCUGGUGGGUACCACGCGGGCACUGUCCUCCGGUGCCACUCACCACAGACACCUGGCGGGUACCACGUGGGCACUGCCCUGCAGGGCCACUCAGCGCAGACACCCGGCGGGUACCAUGCGGGCACUGUCCUCCGGUGCCAUUCACCACAGACACCUGGCAGGUACUACGCGGGCACUGUCCUGCGGGGCCACUCACCACAGACACCUGGCAGGUACCACGCGGGCACUGUCCUCUGGGGUUGUGCACUGCAGACACCCGGUGGGUACCACGCGGGCACUGUCCUCUGGGGUCGUGCGCUGCAGACACCCGGUGGGUACCACGCGGGCACUGUCCUCUGGGGUCGUGCGCUGCAGACACCCGGUGGGUACCACGCGGGCACUGUCCUCCGGUGCCACUCACCACAGACACCUGGCGGGUACCACGCGGGCACUGUCCUCCGGUGCCACUCACCACAGACACCUGGCGGGUACCACGUGGGCACUGCCCUGCAGGGCCACUCAGCGCAGACACCCGGCGGGUACCAUGCAGGCACUGUCCUCCGGUGCCACUCACCACAGACACCUGGCAGGUACUACGCGGGCACUGUCCAGCGGGGCCACUCACCGCAGACAUCUGGCGGGUACCACGUGGGCACUGUCCUCAGGGGUCAUGCGCUGCAGACAUCCGGCAGGUGCCAUGCGGGCACUGUCCCCUGGGGUCGUGCGCUGCAGACACCUGGUGGGUACUAUGCGGGCACUGCCCUGCGGGACCACUCACCGCAGACACCCGGCGGGUACCACGUGGGCACUGCCCUGCAGGGCCACUCACCGCAGAUACCUGGCGGGUACUAUGCGGGCACUGCCCUGCGGGACCACUCACCGCAGACACCCGGCGGGUACUAUGCUGGCACUGUCCUGCAGGGCCACACACCGCAGACUCCCGGCGGGUACCACGCGGGCACUCUCCUCCCUGGCCGCUUGCUGCAGACAGCCCCAUCUCUAUUCACAGCCCACGCGCCUGUCACCUCUUCACGGCCUCUGCUGCUCAAACCAGACUCGGGGCAGGCCUGUGCUCUGGGUACCAGCGGGGGAAGCUGUAGGGAGGCCAGGCUGGGCCCCAGCCGCAGGAAUUUGCCAGAAAGCAGCUGCCUGUUCUCCUGCGCCCAGAUCGCAGGUUCCUUCUACCGCUCAGCAAGUCAAGAACCGAAACAGCUCCAGGUGAUGAGUUUGAAGCCCUCCCCCACCCCGAACCAGCCCUAG